AUGGCAUCUUCGAAGCAAUCAGUUUUGAUCACAGGAUGUAGCAAAGGAAGCGCUGGACACGCAUUAGCACUAGAGUUUGCGUCCCGGGGCAUGCGUGUUUUCGCGACAGCUCGGUCAUUGGGGUCCUUGGCCGGAUUGGAAGACAAAGGCAUCGAGACCUUGAUGCUGGAUGUUACGAGCGCUGACAGCAUCGCUGCACUUAAGGUUGACGUCGCCGCGCGUACGGGAGGCAAAUUGGAUAUGCUGUUCAACAAUGCAGGAAUGAUGUACGAAGCACCCGGUAUCGAGACAGACAUCAGCCGGGUCCGACAGAUGUUCGAGACCAACGUCUUUGGUCUCUUCAAUAUGGUCCAGGCAUUCACACCACUGCUCCUGGCCGCCGUGUCAGAUUCGUCCCGACCACCAGUUGUCAUCAAUACCGCAUCGGUGCUUGCAGUUGUGCCAUACCCGUUCUCAUCAGCGUACAACGCAAGCAAGGCUGCGGUCGCGUCGUACUCGGAUGCGCUGCGAGUCGAGCUAGCGCCCCUUGGCAUCAAGGUAGUGACGCUGUAUAUGGGUGUUGUGUCGACCGGUCUCUCCAGUCCAGGAGAUAUCAAGUUCGACGAGGACAGCAUCUAUGCGGCGGCUGAAGCUGGAGUGAAGAAGAGAAGCAAGGAUCAUCAGGCUGGUGGAAUGAAACCUGACUUAUUCGCGAAACAAGUCAUCAACGAGGUUCUGAAGAAGCGUGGGAUAGCACAGGGUGAGUACGUCUGGAAAGGAACGAACGCAUUCCUGGUCUGGUUGCUGAACGCUGUGGGCGGACGGAAGAGUUUUGACGGCUCAAACGCUAAAGAGAUUAGCUUUGACGAGAAGGUCAAGCAAGCCAUUUCUGAAAGAGGCCACGCAUUUGUGCAGAAGCGUUGA